UUGAAUUUUUUUUUUCAUUUGAAAUUUAUACAUUCCAUACAAUGUAUUCUGUGAUAAAAUGAUAAAUUUUAUCCAAUUUCGGCAAUAUGGCUAAGCGGCAAUAUCCAUUGGCGAAAAGUUGCCAAUAUAAUGAAACAAAUGGCCACCAACGAUUGUGUAAUAUUCAUCAAGGAUUCAAUCCAUUUAUUGAUCAAUUAGCUCAAAAAGAUGCUAUGAGUCUUAUAAAUGAACUAUGCCAUUUGCAUAAGAUUAAACCGGAAUAUGAAUUGAUCGAUGUACAAGGUCCAGAACAUGGUAAAAUUUUCACAGUUUAUGUAAAACUUGGUGUUUCAGAAAAACAUAAUGGACAAGGUAGUUCGAUAAAAAAUGCUCAACAAAAUGCUGCAUUCAAUGCAUUGGAGAAAACUCGAUUAAAAUUUCCGAAUUUCAAACAACAUAAUCGACGAAAAUUCACAUCGACUAAUCAAAAUCAUACACAACAACAGAAAUCGAAAGAAAAAUUUGAUGAAUUAAACAAAUUAUUCAUUCAAAAUGGUAUUCAACCUCGUUAUCAAUCGAAUCAACAAUCCGGUUCAUCAUCAUGUUUUCUGCAACCAUCUACUACAAAGUUUACAACGAUAAAUAAUUCUUUGCUGCAAACAUCGCCGUAUCAAAAUCCAAUCAUGAUCAAUCCAUCAGCGCCAAUUACUCAGCCAUAUUCAACUAAUCAAUUCCAUCAUCAUUCUCAACUAUCAUCAAACAUUCCAUGCUAUCAGCCGAUUCCUGCAAAUAUUACAUAUUUUAAUCCUACUUAUUUCUGUGAUCCAUACACUAGUAAGCAGUAUCUUAUUUAUGAACUUGUAAAUCCUGGUUAUAUUCCGGUGCCAGCUCCUUCAUUUGUUUCUAAUAUACAAUCAACGACAAAGUCAAGAAUGAAAUUGCAAUCUGAAAUCAAUGAAAAACGAUUGAAUGACCAUGCAUACGAAGCAUCAGUAGAGUUUAAUGGUGUUCAAUUUUGUGGCAAUGGAAAAACACUACAAGAGGCUAGACAGAUUGCCGCUCAAAAAGCACUUGAUCAUCUUAAAUCGAAUCUAUUCAACGAAAAUAAAUCUAAAAAUUCCAUGGUCAUAACUGAAGAUCAAAAAUCCAAUAAUAACAAUAAUUCUGUGAUUGAUCCAAUAUCAACAUUGAAUCAUUUGGUAUCACGAAAUCGUUAUAAAAUCAAUUUCCAUCUUGUCGAUUCAUAUGGACCACCACAUAUUCCUGUUUUUAUUUAUUGUUGUCAAUUGUUUGAUGCGCAAAAUAAUGGAAAAUUAUUGAUUGAAACUGAAGGCAGAGAUCGGUCGAAAAAAUUGGCUAAAAAACAAGCUGCACAGAAUAUGUUGAUUAAAAUCGAUGUUGAUCAUUUGAAAAAUAUUGCUUCACAUAAAACUGAAAAUGUUGAUACCACCGAUCCAACGCCAUCAUGUUCGAGAUCUGAUGAGAAACUAAACAUAAAUCAAAAUCUAGAUUCCGUAUCGAACAAGUCAUUAACGCUUCUUUAUGAUUUAGCUAGAAAUAUGUCUUUAAAAAGUCCAACAUUUAAUUACUCAUUUCUCAGUUCAAAUCAUUCGAUUGCUAAACGUUUCAAUCAACAACAGAUUAUUGAAUCAACCAAAGGUCAGAUUUAUCGUGUUGAAUGUACAUUAUUUUUCGAACAAAUUACACCAGAUAAAUUCAUGUACUGUAUGAAAACUGUUGGAUUUUCAUUAACACAACGUAUGGCCAAACAGAUUUCGGCUUUCAUCUGUUUACUUCGAUUAGGUCUGGAACCACCUAGAUUCGAUCAAAAUGAUGAAUUAUUUGUUGAAUCUCUACGAUUUUCAUUGGAAAUAGCAACAAACAAUUCUAACAGUAAAGAAUUUCCUAAUGAAGAAAAUAUACGUAAAUUUUGCAAUAAAGAAAAAAAUAUCGAAAUUUUCUACAAUGGUGAUGAAGAAUCUAUGGAAGAAUUGUGUAUGAAAAAUUUUGAAAUUAACAAAAAAUUCAUUUUAUUCAUGGCAAAAAAAUUCUACUAUUAUUCAUUGAAACAACAAUCAACAACAAAACCACCCAGUAUUGGUGUGAUCCGGGAAAAAAUACCAUUUUUAUUGAUGAAUUUUGAAAAAAAUUUUCCAACAACAAGUAAAUUUCAACAUUUCAAUGAACAAUCAAUACAACAAUUAUUAUCUACAUUUGAUAUGGAAAAAUAUUGGAAUCAUUUACAAUUUAUAGCCCAAUUGACAACACUUGGUAUUGUGGAUUGUUCAAAAUUGGCCAUAGAAUUUCAUUGUCAUACUAUUCGUAUUGAUAUGAAUGAUUCACAUUGUAUUGCAUUUAUAAGUGUUCGAUUCAAUGGCAGCUUAAAUUUUGAUCUCAUACAUAAACAUUAUAUAACAUAUGCAUUUGGCCAUGAUGAUGAUGAUGCUCGUGAAGCGGCAAGUCUUCGUGUAUUGCAUAAAAUUUCUACAAAUGCAUUCAAACAAAUGAUGACAAUCGAUUCGAUUGAAGAAAAUAUUAAUGAACAACAACAAUCAUUGCAAAAAUUAUCAAAUCAUUCAAAACCAUCAUCGAAUCAAAUGAAAAGUAAAUCAAUCAUAUCGAAAAUGUAUCAAAUAUGUCAAGAUCUUUUCAUUCGUAAACCUGAAUUUCUAUCUCAACAUUUCAAUAAUGAUAAUUUAUAUAGUGUUCAAUGUUUGAUUCAUUUUCGUCAAGAUUCCAAUAAACUUGUUGGUAAACUUUCAAUAAUGGCUAUAUCGGCUAGCAAACGAUCUUCGCAAACAAUCAUUGCAUACAUAUUUUUGUGCAUUGCAAAUGUUUCCAAAUUAUCAUUAUCACAACUAGUAGAUGUUUAUAGUAUUCCUGAUUUUAAAAAAUAUUUAAAAAUUUCACUUGCUUCCAAUACUACUGAAAUUGCCAAUCUAGUCAUGACAUUCGAUUCACAACAAUUCGAACCGGCUAUUUAUAGUGAUGAACAACGUGAAGAUAUUGAUCGAAAUAUUGAAUUCAUUGAAACGCUUUUAAAAGAUGUUUAUAGUUCAUAUUUAAAAAAUCAAAAACGUACAGAUCCAAGUUGUCUAUUUCAACGUGUUGAAGAUAGAUUAUUCGAAUAUCAUAAUCAUCGAAAACAGAUGCUAGAUCAAAGUGAAUCAUUUGAUCGAUGGAGUGAACAUAUUAGAGAAUGGAUUAAUCAUCAGGUGACUGAAAAAUUUAAUCGAAAAAAAUAUUGGCAUCAUUUGCAAUUAAUUUCAUUGAUUGCUUCUACAUUGAAUUCUAAUCUAGCCAUGUCUAUUGAUCCAUUGAUUUUUGAAUUUAAAUGUCGAUUAUUAUCGAUUGAUAUCGAAAAUGAUGACGAUGAUAAUUCCAUUAAUCAAAAAGGAACAAUUGCUUUGAUAACCAUUCAUUGUUCAUCAAAAGAAUUUGUUGAUCAUUUUCCAUUAUUACAAAAAGAAUUUCUUAGUUUUGCUAUUGAUUUGGAUGAAGAUGAAGCACGUGAAAUUGCCAGUUAUAAAGCACUUCGUUAUCUUUCAAUUAAUUUAUGGAAAUCUAUUUGUUGAAAUAUUGGUGAAUAAAAGAAAAAAAAAUUUCACAACAAAAAAAAA